CAAUUAAACUAAUCGAAUUAACACAUGAUCGGCAGUAAGCAAUAACAGUAGCUGGGCCCACGCUUUUGACCCAAUUAUGUCGGCCGACUCGAUCAAGGAGCCAGCAGCACCUGCCGCGGAAUGCGCUCAUAUGUUGGAAUUCAAGGAGUUUCUGGCCUCGACAGCCGCCAAAGCAUCCGCCACCACGGAGGAUUUGACGCGAAAUUGUGUAACGCGGACCUGCAAUGAGACCUACAAGGUGUCUGUCGAGGAGCGCCACGCUGAGCUGGUGGCUGCAAUUUGGCAGCAGCUGAAUUCCAGAGGCUGUCCGGCGGUCUUCCGCCUGAAGUUGCUCCACCAGGCCACACAGCUGCUGGAGAAGGAGAUAUGCUACGCAAAGGAGUGUGAAGUCUCUGUCGAGGGUCCCACGCAAUAUGAUCUGCUGAAGCUGCAGAAGUUUGUCAGCAAUCAAAUGGACAAGCUGCUAAUAAAGCUAACCGACAAUUCGGAGAUGGAACGGCUAAAGAACUAUGCCGACGAGGGUGUCAUCUGCCAAAGUCCCGAACAUUGCAUGUGCGGACUGGCCCAAACGGCGCUUCACACAUCCGCGGCCGUUAAGAACAAGCCACGCAAAAUGGAAGAUCGUCAUGUCUGUUUGGACCGAUUUGGUGCCAUCUAUGAGCUGCGCAACAGGGAUUGUCGGUUCUUCGGGGUCUUUGACGGACACUCUGGUUCAUUAUCCGCCAGUUAUGUCAGAAGUCAGUUGCCCCAACUCCUGGCCGAUCAGCUAAGGCAAGCGGACCAACAAACAGAGACCCAGAGCUCUGACUUCUAUCGGAAUGCCUUUGAGACGGCCUUCCUGCAGGCAGACGAACGCUUUAUCCAAAAACGCAUCACAAGCGGAACGACCUGUGUCUGUGCACUGAUCAAUAGAGAUCAACUGUACAUAGCCUGGGUGGGCGACUCCAAGGCCCUGCUGGUGGGCAAGCGCACACAGCUGCAGCUGGUAAAACCGCACAAACCCGAGUCCCCCGAUGAGCGCAAACGCAUAGAGGCCGCCGGCGGUACAGUCCUGCACGCCCAGGGUCAGUGGCGUGUGAAUGGCAUCUUGAAUGUGGCACGAUCCAUUGGCGAUUACUGCCUGGAGACGGUCAUAGCAGAGCCAGAUUUCGUAGAUGUUCACCUAAAUGAAGCUCAUGACUUCCUUGUGCUGGGCACCGAUGGCCUGUGGGAUCAUGUUCCGGAGACUUUCAUCAUCGACACUGUUUACGAGUGUCUAGCCGAUCCGACAACGAAACUAGACGACAUUCCGAAGCUACUGAUCGAGGCGGCCAAGGAGCGGGACUCGCAGGACAACAUAACCGCUGUGAUAGUUUUGCUCAAACCGCGUCAUCAGAUUGAGAGGUAGAGAGAACGGAAUCGUCAGCGUAAAUGUUUAUUUUUUGUUUUUUGUAUUAUUGUUAGCCGCAUUGUUGAUUCGUUUAUUUUGCUUAUUUCUUUGUUUUAAUGUAAAUAGCUUGUAAGCUUCCCCCAGCGAAAGAUUCAGAGAGAGCAAUUAAAUCAUUUUUAUGUAACUUUUGUACCCCAAGCUCUCUCCCACACGAAUCCAGAACUGGUGCGAACACACCUUUAAUUGUCACAUUCUCACGUGCCUGGUUCUAAAGGACCACUUGGUUGCUCGAAUAUGCUCAAUCAAAAUACGUUUUAAUGAAAAGAUUUUUGGCUUUACGCAACUGUUAAAAUAUAUACAAAGUGCACAAUAAACGCUAGCACACUUAUAGCAUAUUUUAGUAUAGAAUGCAAGCCUCUAUUUAUACAUAUACAUAUAUACAUUUGAAGUUGUUUUUCGGCCGCUUAAGUGCUUCCGUUGUAAUUGUAUUAUAAAAGCAAUGCCAAGUACACAUUAUUUUAGAUAUAGUUCCCACGCAUAUAGUACAUAUAUUUACACCUAUCAAACGACAUUCAAUGAGAUCGAGAUCCCACAAUACACACCACAAACAGAGAAUAUUAAGUACCUUUUUAUACAAAUACGAAAUGCAUUUUAUCGAACAAACCAGAGAAUAAUCUUUUUAACGAUACACGCAAAUUGUUUAAGAACCAUUUUUUUAUUGGAAUAAUAAAGAGAGAGGAGAAUCCACAGAA